CACAUGUCAAAUGCUACAAUAAUUGAUGUCUUUUGAUGCGAAGCGGGGAGAAAACAUUUGGAUUUACUGCUUGUUGUCGGGCGAUUUUCUCGUGAAACGUCGGAUUAUAGAAGUGUAUAUAUACGCCUAUAGGUUUAAAUACCAAGUUCUCACGUUGGCUGGGUUCUAAUCGCAUAGACCUUUUCAGGUUUGUAUUAAUAUUGUAUUAUUGUAUGUAAGUCAAAUAUAAAAGCUCUGAUGCGUUUAGAUUCUUCUGUGUAUAUGUAUUUUAAAAACACGAGGUAUCGCAUACAGUUUAGAAGGAGAAGUAUAAAGGAAGAAAUGUUAGGAAUCUUGAUAGAAGCUGUCUUUUCUUUUUCUAUGAGCCCAUUGUAAUACGCGCGGAGUGUUGUACUGUUGUAUGAGUGUUGUUACGGAUUUCUACCGUCCACGAGUAUUAGACCUGACUUGUAUCUGAAACACAAUUAUAAACCUUUCUUUGUCGAUUAAUUUUGAGAAUGAAAACGAAUUUCCCGUGUUCAUAUGUACAAAAACAAAACGUUCAUGAAGGCUUCACGAAGACUGUUUUACGUCUAUGCAUAUUAUAAAUAGCGCGACCAUCUCGGGGGCAUUUAUGCGGCCGUGUUAGAAAUGUUUACACGAGCGUGUUUCUUUCCAAGGUAUAAAGCUUUGAUUGCCAUCAAAUUGAAAACUUUUGGUUAAAGCCACAUGUGCAAAGUUGUGAAAGAUAUUUAGUAUAUCGCAAGUUCACAUGCAACGCGUACGCGGUCGAUUUGUGUAUUGAUUCCAGAAUUCAUUAAACUUGUAGAUUUCGAUCUGCGCUUUGCAUCUAUUUCAUCCUUAAUACGCGCCAUGUGUGAUUAUGGAUACACCAAGCUUUUAUUCUUUUCGAGCCAUGAAAUACGUGCCCUGGCUUUGAAUGGAGAAUGGAAUUAUACGCGCGGGUUUGAAUUAUUUUUGUCUUGCGUAGAAAUUCAAAGCUAGUAUAUAUAGAAUUCAAAUUGCGACUAUUUUAGUUCGGAGUUCUGUUAAGAAUAUAUUUGAUGUCUACGCUAUUCAUUCGGCUUUUGGCUUUAUAUUAAACGCGAAAACUGCUGGUGUUCUAACCGCUCUAACCGCCCCUGGGGUAUUCAUGGCAUAUAAUGGUGUUUUUCUUUGCGGGAAUGAUCAAAGAUGCUCGCUGUCUUUAUAUCCCGCUUGCCACUAGUUAUAGAACAGCUUGGAGUUAUUAUUUUCAAGACAAUACCUCCGAAGAUCUUUUGCUCAUUCUAGUUCGAAUUAUAAAGGAUUCAUUUGCAGCUUUUGUCCUCGUCGUUGUUGUCGAGUGCCAAGCCGUACCGCUUCAACGAAGCUUGCCAAAACGCGAAAAUUUCUUGGGUCAUGUAUUCGUAUUAGAACUUGUGGAGUCACGAAAUUGUGUUUUGUUCCUGCCAAAAGUUCCCAGUUAAAGAUUAUCUUUCAUUUGAUACGCUGUCAUAGUUUGCGAAAGAAGAUUUUUGAGGGGAAAUAAGAGAACAAAGAUAUUUUAUAUUGAUAUAAUAAUGUCGCUUUUGGUUUAUUAAAAAAGCAAUCAUUUUAAAUGUUUCAUAUUUGACAUAAUUCAAUUGAAACUAGUCUUUUUUAAACCACCAAUCAUAUUGAGAAGUACCCUUCUUGUCAUGAGUUUCGAACAUCUUGUACACACCUUUUCGUGAUUAAGAAUAUCCAUGUAAGUAUGACACCAGGAUCUGACACAUGUGGAUCAUGUUACCCACUCAGGUUUUUUGUUCACUGAUUUAUUUGAGUGAUUGAAAUGAUUAAAUGGUGAAUUUCAAUGCACCUGAGUUUAAAAUUUUAGCCCGAACCUGAAUGAAAACUCAGUCCAGACUAAAAUGAUGAUGCCUCGAACUAGAGCUGUUUCACUUCUUUCAAUUUGACUUGUGCCCCUCUGUGAUACAUGGGCUGUAAUCUGAAACUGUUUUACAACAAUGUUACAGGAAACCUGGGCUCAAAUUUCAUAAAUUUCAGCCCAUGCCGAAAACUCCAUACACUUGGAAAUAUAGGCUAUUGUCACCAUACAAUGGUAUAGUUUUGAAGUUGUGUUAACCCAUUAAGUUGCAUUGUACCCUACUUUAUUAUUUUACUCUGUCUAUAAUUUUGCUCUGAGGGUUUUGCUCAUCAAGGCACUCAUUGGGUUAUAAAACAGUCUGCUUUUAUAUGGAGUCAAAGAGUAAUAGAGACAGCUGCAGUAUGAAGCAUAGACAACUACCUGAAAAUAUAAAUAAAACAUUGACGUUUUGAGGGAAAGCAAAUUAGUAGCAACUAUGUGAAAAUUAUAAACAGAACUUUCAUGUUUAGGGUGAUGGCCCUACUAACGUCCUGAAGAUUAGGGCCUUCACUCAAAAUGUCUGAGUUCUGGGGUUUUUUCAGGUAGUUAUAUAUGCUCUACCUACACUGGCACCAAUGGAGAGGUUGACAAAACUUGGACCCUCCUUUCUGGACCCCUAAUCUGGAUCCCAUUCUGGACCCCAAUCUGGACUCCAUUCUUGACCUUUUAAAAACCAACAGACCAGAUUGUACGACACAACACAAUCAUCGAUUAAAUUCAUGUAGCUUUUUUCGACUUUCUGAAUCCUCAAUCCAGUUCAAUGUCCUGAUCAUUUCAGUCAGCGGCAAUCGCAUCAUCAUAGACACCUUGAAGUCAAAUGCCCGGGAGGGAUGGUGAUGUUUUGAAUUGAAUUUUGAAUUAUAUAAUCUUGUACAUUAAACAUUGCUGGGUAACGUAGUUAUUCCAAUUAGAAAUACCAUACUGCACUGGUUUUCUUGUUUCAUGUGCUUUUGAAUAGGGACAAGUACUUUCAGUAAAAAUGUAAACUGCAUGUUGUUUUUGUGACCUUGUAAAAUACUGUGUAAUGACAUUGUCAAUGUAGUGUUGGGUUGCUAUAAAUCGGCAAUUUACCCCGCUGCAUUUACAGCAAAAAAUGUCAACAGAUAUUGGCUUCCAAUUUAUUGCGAAUAAGCCAUGUCUUGUGGCCGAAUUAUGGGUCACUGCUGAAGCCAUCUCAACAAAUGCGGGUUGGGGAUGGACUGCUUACAGCUGAGUAUGUAAUGUUUUCUUUUAGUUUUUAAAAGGUCCAGAAAGGGAUCCAGAAUGGGGUCCAGAAGGGGGGGGGGGUCCACAUUUUGUCAACCCCCCUCAAAUGGGUGGUCUUCAAUAGUUUCUGUGACUGUAACUUAAUUGUCAAUUCAUUCUCGGACUCUGUAUCAUAUUAACUGUCAGAGUCAAAUAGAGUUCCAAAAUCCCUGAUGCCUAAUUUUUCUUAACAUCCCACACAUUUUCCAUAGAUUUUUCUAUUUUGCAAAUUCUCGAUCAUGAAACCUGACAUUUUCCUCAUCCAUUGUGUUUCUUAAUUUGUUAAAUUAUUUCUAAUACAUUUCUCAUGGCAUCCACUAUUGGUUCAUUUUUAGAAACAAGUCUGAGUUGAGUUAUGGCUAGUUCAUCAUCAGGAGCUGAUUUUUUGGGGAAUUGUUCACAAUGCUCAAAGGUAAAUUACUGACUCACAAACGGAUAGAUGCCCUGCAUUGAACUUUUGGUCAUGGUGAUCACUAGAGAGAGCUAUGGCAGCAAGGAACUAUUCUGUUAGUCUAGCUUGCUUGACAAUUUCACAAUCAUGUUAAUUUAUUUUUGUUAUAAUUCUACAAAAUUUAUGUUUUUGUAAUUACCUUUCCCAAUCCAAAAAUGGAUUUGAUGUGGAAAUUGGCAACCUUGAGGGCCUUCUACCCUGACCUUGCACCCUGUCCCACACAUCAAGACAAGCAUGACAUACAUUUUUGUAAUUCUAAGAAUCUUAUUUUAUUGUAGAUUAAUAUGAAACUUGUUCACUGCCCUGCAUUGGCUGGAAGGGGUCGACAUUAUGCAAAUCUUCCUGGUUUAUCAGUGCAUCCACAAGUUCUAUCACGACCACCAAACCAAUGUUGUCCAACAACACAUCAACCAGUAUAUCCAUCUUUUCCAGUUAGAUUAAACAGGUGAAUAAUUGUGUGAUUUUAUUGCUCUUAAUAUAAGGUUAUCCAACCCAAUUUAAGUUGCAUUGCAUGCAUCCUUAGUAAAUGCAGCCUACUGUAUUGUUUAACUCUGUCUAACGCCAGAUGAUUUUAUUUAUGAUGGGAAGAACACUGCACGUGCUCAAUCACAUAGGUUACUCAGACCAUCAGAUCUGCCCAUGCAUGUAUGUCAUUAACCCAUUUCAUUGCAUUGAAACAAAUGAAAAUUGAUCUUUUGGUUCCAUUUUGAUUGUUCCAAUCAGGUUCCAUUCUUUUUGUUGAUGUUGUUUCCGGGAUCCGAGUGUUUUUUUCUUCUUCUAUUCCCUUUUAUUCCGGGUUUAAUAGCACGUGUCAAUUAAUCUGCAAGACUUUUUACUUUCCAAAAUGACAAAAUAUAUGGACUACAAAGUAUUUUGUAAAAACUUUUAUUAAUUAAUUAACAUCAAUAUUGAGAAUUUGGUAGAAUUUUGUUUGUUGUAGCAGGCCUUAAAAUAUCGGUCGGUCACGGACAUUGUCCGACCCAUUCGUCAAAUUGUCCGACGUAGAGAGGAAACCACCGGACAUUCUGUCCGACCUAAGUGAAACUGAGAUUUAUUGUAUGUCCGACCCGAGUGAAUUGGUGUCCGACCGAAAUGUAGCUUUGUCCGACGCUUUCUCCACGCACGUAAAUCAAAAUGCACCCUAUGUAGUCCAGGAUUAGAGGCUCGUAUAUGUUUUUAUGGAGAAUUAUAGUAUUGUACAAAAAUGAACUGGAAAUGUUUUUAAUAAUGUCACCGAGCUUGGGGCGGCGAGCAAAAUGGUGAAGUGGAAAACGAAAAGUUGUCGAAGUCGUACUGCUACAUUGGUAGGCAAGUUAAUCUUGGCUCGGAAAUAAGUAUAAAUGACACAAAUUAUUUAAUAUCUUCACAACAUUUAGUUGAGAAUUAAUACAUUGUGCUGAUAUUAAUUUGCGUCAUUCAGACUUAUUUCCGAGCCAAACUGAACUGAAGGUCAUCGGACAUCAUCAUACAUAUGUCCGACCCAAACUGAAAGUCAUCGGACAUUUUGUCAGACGGCCCUGUAAAAGAUAUUUUAAGGCCUGUGUAGUGGAGUUAACUUUUAAUAAUGUUUUAAGGUUAUUGUAUGUAUUACCAAUAAAUUAUUAUUUAAAUGAAGCUGACAAUUAGCUCAGCUAUUAACUGCAUAUUUCAUUUUUAGUGUUUGUAAUUGCUCAAGAUGUAGAAUAACAAAUGUUGACAGAAGACUAGCAAUGACUCCACAUAUGGCUGUAAAUUCUUGCUGGGUCAAUCCAGUGGAAGUUCAUAAUACAAAUCUAAACACAAACUUCAUACCAAAUCCAUUACAAAGUCAACCUUGUUUGCCUCCGAGGCAUGUUGGGAUGACACCAAUCGCACCGGUAUGUUAUAAAUCAAGAUGAAAAGUGUGUUUAAAACAUUAAGUUCAACAUGCAACCACUUUGUAAACGAUAUGCCGUGAAGUUGCAACAUAAAAUAGAUCUUAAUUAAUGUUCAAAAUUUUUGUUUUCUUCCAGAUGGAUGGCUUACCAAUAAAUGGCAUGUCAGCAUUAUAUCAUCAUCACCACCACUUUCACCAUUAUCACUAUCACCAUCCGACACAGUCAAGAAAUAACCUUCAUCCUUAUGCAUUACCAGUGCUUCAUCCAAGAGUAAGUGGAAUAUUAAUUAUGUUGGUCAGCGCCGGCUAUUACUGUACAACAGGAUCCAGUGGUUCAAAAGGCCGUCCCCAAAUCGACAAAUUUAAAUCUUCUUUACAGAUCCAAGAUUGCUUUACUGAGAAUAUAAAUCCUAGCUGUGUCAGCGACAGAUAAUAUACAAUAAAGCGCAAUAUAUUGUAAAAGACUACUUCCCUAUUUUUACAAAUAUGACAUAGGGGCACAGCUGGGAAAUUUUUGCAGUCACUUGAGCCCCACUCAACCUCUCAGGGGCCCUUUGUCAAGGCCCUAUCUGACCUCUUGCCUUGUUUAAUUUUUCUGGUAGACAGUUAUACAAACAUUUAUGAUAUUUAUAUGUUUCAUGAUAAUAAUGUGGAGCCCUAUAAAAUGCAUGUCAUUGUCUACCAAAAUGACAAGGAAUUCUGACAAAUUUCAUGAACUGUUUUCAGCUUCGCAGACAAGCUGGUCGUAUGUCAAGGCAUAAUGAAGAAAAUCCAGUUACUCCUAGUUUCAUACCAGUUCUCACGUCAGAAGCAGGAGUUACAUGGGAAAGGCGUUUGGAAACGGAACAGUUAGAGGUAUAUACUUUACCCAUUAUGAUUAUUCCAUCCAGUUGUCUUUUUUAAUGUUAAUGAUUAGUGCUAAUGUACUCUGAUAUUAUAGUUUUUCAACUUGCUCCACCCUUGAUAGUUUUUACAGUAUGCAUCAUUUUGCACAAUACAUGUUGACCAUGUAUGCUGACCUUAGAUUAGUGCUUAUAUAAUACGUCACAUAAUUUUCAAACAAUGAAUUAUUGACCAAAAGUAUUCCACAUGGUCAAUGCACUGUGCAUUCCAGAAGUCCUCUGUAUUAAAAAUAUGUGAUGUAAACAUUUAUUUCUAAAGCCUAUUGAUGCCACUGUGCCAGUAGAUGCAAUGUAUAUUAAACUAAAUUAUUUUAAGUUUGUUUCCUUUGGUUAUAUAUAUUAUGUUUCCAAUACAGUGUUAUCAAGAGAGAAAAUGUGCUGUGCAUUAAAAGUUAAAUACUUUUAUUCUUUAUAGAACGUUGUUAGUCUUGUUGUCGAUGAGAAACCAAAAGGAAUAUCAAAAUGUGUUCUUGAAAACCUCGUUACGUACAGAGUCACAUCAAAAGAUAGACACAUUGGCGAAUCACGUUGUGUCAUCUGUUUGAUGGAUUUUGAACCGAAACAACAAGUUCGAAUACUACCAUGCCUUCAUGAAUAUCACAGCAAGUGUAUUGAUAAAUGGUUAAAGGUAUAAUAACAUUCACACCAUCAUUAGAAUUUACCACCAUUUUGCCAAUAUUUAGAUCAUCUUUACUCACAUACUUUUUUCUUAAAUAUUUUAGAGUAACAGAUCAUGUCCAAUAUGCAGAAAGGAAAUAAAAAUCAGCUGAAAUAUAUUAGCGGCGUUAAGAUAGUUGUGGUUGGUUCACGUGAAGUGCAUGGGUGUAUGUAGCUCCUAGUGAAUAAUGUAGUGUUCCAUGUUGGAAUGGAAAUAUCACUGCAAGUAAAAAGUAGUGGUGUGCUUCUACACACACUUUAGACGUCUUGUUCUGUAUAAAAAUCUGUUAAUUCAUAUCAAACAGUAUUGAUGCAGGACAAAAAAGUUGUGUAUCUAAUGUGGGUAUCCUGGAGAAAUGCCUGCGGUCGAACUAGGUUUAAGUAUAAAUUGACUUAAAUUAUGAAAUAAUUAGCAUUAUGGAUAGCUGCAAGAGCGAGGCUAUUUGACAUGCAUGUAUCAUUAAUUACAAAACAAAGGAACUUUUCGUGAAGCUGGUGGUAAUGUUAUUAAACAUGGUUUAUUUUCAUUUUUUUGUAAGAAGUACACUUAGAAUGCAAGCAUUCACAUUACAAAAAGGUAAUUUUGUAAUUGUAGUUAAUUACUUUUGGAAAUAGGCGAUUGUAAUCGGGAAUUUGUUACCUACUGAGGGAGGUAUUAAAUUGUAAUAGUGUAAUUAAUUUCUUUUAUGAUGUAACGCUUUGUUGCAACAUGAUAGAACAAGAGUCAAGACACAAAGAUGGUCUGAUAGUUGUGGUAUGGCAGUUUCAUUUGGUCAAAUGAACUUAGGGAUUUGUUGUAUUAUUUUGUACUGGACAAUAUUGUAUAUUAUUUUGUAUUUGCCAUGUAGAAAAUCUUCACUAUAUUGUCUAUGAUAUCUAUAUCAGCAUUCAUUAUCGCUCAUAUACAAAGACUAAGCUACAAUCUUUGACAAUAUACUUGGGACAAUCUAGUUUUUACAUGCAUUCAGAUGUAUUUUACCACUCUUUUAUACAUCCACCCUCCCCAGCUCCCCCCCCCCCAGC